UCGGGAGACGUUGUUAGUGGCACGGUUGGUUCCUCCGGUAGGAAACGGAUUCGGUAGGCUACACAGGGUACUAUAUGAUGAAUGUUUUAUUAUGGCCAAUGACACUUUGGAAGGUUUUCAUGAAGUGAAUCUAGCUUCACCUACUACUCCAGAUCUUCUGGGAGUCUAUGAAUCAAAGGCUUGUGAACAAACUACCUCACCCACAGUUAUUUACCGGCUACAUCCCUCAGCUGUGUGCUCAGCACCUAUCCAGCCUAGUGCUCUGAACGUUUCUGAUCUGCCUACACAACCUGUUUAUUCAUCUCCUAGGCACCUAAAUUGUGCAGAAACAUCAGGUAUCAGCAUCAAUGUUACGGAAACUGUACCUUGUUCUACCUCUGGACCCCAGUUUGGGUCAACCAAACAUGAUCGUUCCAGAAAGGAAAGCAGUAAUGCAGAGAGAGAAUUUUUGCGGGGUGCGGCAGUAACAGAUUUUUCAGAAGGGAGUGAAGAAGUUCUGGGGCUCAGCACAGACAGUCUUUCUCAUCUGCGGAGCCCAUCUGUAUUGGAAGUGAGAGAGAAGGGUUAUGAAAGAUUGAAGGAGGAACUUGCUAAAGCUCAAAGGGAGCUGAAAUUAAAAGAUGAAGAAUGCGAAAGACUUUCUAAAGUGCGUGACCAGCUUGGACAGGAAUUGGAAGAACUUACUGCUAGUCUGUUUGAGGAAGCACAUAAAAUGGUGAGAGAAGCAAACAUAAAGCAGGCCACAGCAGAGAAACAGCUGAAAGAAGCACAAGGAAAAAUUGAUGUUCUUCAAGCUGAAGUAGCAGCACUGAAAACAUUAGUGCUGUCCACUUCCCCAACCUCUCCAACGAAAACGCCUGAGUCUGGUGGAAAGGCUGCCUUCAAAAAAGGCCAUACAAGGAACAAGAGUACAAGUAGUGCCAUGGGUAUCAAUAACCAGGACCUCGCCAUGGUGCAGCCAAUUGUGAAAGACUGCAAAGAGGCUGACUUAGCUUUGUAUAAUGAAUUCAGAUCCUGGAAGGAUGAUCCCACUAUGGACAGAACAUGCCCUUUCCUAGACAAAAUCUACCAGGAAGAUAUCUUUCCAUGUUUAACCUUCUCAAAAAGUGAGUUGGCAUCUGCUGUCCUGGAGGCUGUGGAAAAUAAUACAUUAAGCAUUGAACCAGUUGGCCUGCAACCUGUUCGAUUUGUGAAAGCUUCUGCAGUCGAAUGUGGAGGACCAAAGAAAUGUGCUCUUAGUGGACAAAGUAAAACAUGCAAGCACAGAAUCAAGUUGGGAGACUCGAGCAAUUAUUACUAUGUGUCUCCUUUUUGUAGAUACAGGAUCACAUCUGUGUGUAACUUCUUUACAUACAUUCGUUAUAUUCAGCAAGGGCUUGUGAAACAGCAAGAUGUGGAUCAGAUGUUUUGGGAGGUUAUGCAGCUGAGGAAAGAGAUGUCACUGGCAAAACUGGGAUACUUCAAAGAGGAGCUGUAAGCUGGAGGCAUGCUGAAACUUUCAUAAAUGUAUAUACAGAACAGCUGAAAAUCCUUGUCACCUGAUGUUUAUUUCACAGCGGGUCCAAGACUUCUCCUUUUGUGGAAUUCACACUCUGUACUCUUGUAGUUCAACAAAAUGAUCUUAUGUAUGGAUAAGCCACAUAGUUCCAUUGAAGGCAAAUGCAAGAGCAUUUUCAGGUGUACUAGUGAUUGUAAUUUGCAGUUGAGAAGUGCAGAUUUAAAUAAAUGCUAUACAAUAUUUGUGUUCUCUUUCUGUUCUGGAGAGUUUAUAAUGUUGGGUUUCAGUUUAAUAAAUGAAAGCUCAAAAAUCUGAGCUCUGUGAUGUUUGAAA